AUGAUGAAUGAAAGAACACUAAUUCCAACGUUUGUGUUCUGGGCUUUCCUUACAAUAAUCACACCAACACUUAUUCUCUUGUCUGAGAAUUCAAAAACAGACCUUCAUUUAAGCGGAAAUAUAACAGAGACAAUGAAGGUACGAAGAAUGAACCGGCACACGCAGAAUUAUAUCAUAGCAACACCACCGCCGCCAGACAAGUUGGUGGUUGAAGAUGAGGAACUUGCCCCAGCACCAGCUGCAUCAUAUCAUAAUCAUAAUCACAGUGCUCUUAUAAGGAGCAGUGGCAAUAUCACUGAUGAAGAUGCUCCCAAAGAAGCUUCAACUCCAAAAGAAGAAGGUUCAAUCUCAAAGUUGGUGUGGUCAUCUUUCAGAAACCCUGAGUGA